GAAGGAAAACCUUUUAGAUCCAUCUCUGAAAAACCCAACCAUGAAGAGAGAUCAUCCUCAACAUCAUCAAGAUAAGAAGACUAUGAUGAUGAUGAAUGAAGAAGACGACGGUAACGGCAUGGAUGAGCUUUUAGCCGUUCUUGGUUACAAGGUGAGGUCAUCAGAAAUGGCGGAUGUUGCUCAGAAACUCGAGCAGCUUGAAGUUAUGAUGUCAAAUGUUCAAGAAGACGAUCUUUCUCAACUCGCUACUGAGACCGUUCACUAUAAUCCGGCGGAGCUUUACACGUGGCUUGAUUCUAUGCUCUCCGACCUUAAUCCUCCGUCGUCUAACGCCGAGUACGAUCUUAAAGCUAUUCCCGGUGACGCGGUUCUGAAUCAGUUUGCUAUCGAUUCGUUUUCUUCGUCGAACCAAGGCGGCGGAGAUACGAAUGCUACAAACAAGCGGUUGAAAUGCUCUAACGGCGUCGUGGCAACAACAGCAACGACGGAUGAGUCAACUCGGCCUGUAGUCCUGGUUGACUCGCAGGAGAACGGUGUGCGUCUUGUUCACGCGCUUUUGGCUUGCGCUGAAGCUGUGCAGAAGGAGAAUCUGACUCUAGCUGAAGCUCUGGUGAAGCAAAUCGGAUUCUUAGCUGUUUCUCAAAUCGGAGCGAUGAGAAAAGUCGCUACUUACUUCGCCGAAGCUCUCGCGCGGCGGAUCUAUCGUCUCUCUCCGUCGCAGAGUCCGAUUGACCACUCUCUCUCCGAUACUCUCCAGAUGCACUUCUACGAGACUUGUCCUUAUCUAAAGUUCGCUCAUUUCACGGCGAAUCAAGCGAUUCUCGAAGCUUUUCAAGGGAAGAAAAGAGUUCACGUCAUUGAUUUCUCUAUGAGUCAAGGUCUUCAAUGGCCGGCGCUUAUGCAGGCUCUCGCGCUUCGACCUGGUGGUCCUCCGGUUUUCCGGUUAACCGGAAUCGGUCCACCGGCGCCGGAUAAUUUCGAUUACCUUCACGAAGUUGGGUGUAAGCUUGCUCAUUUAGCGGAGGCGAUUCAUGUGGAGUUUGAGUACAGAGGAUUUGUGGCUAAUACUUUAGCUGAUCUUGAUGCGUCGAUGCUCGAGCUUAGACCGAGUGAGAUUGAAUCUGUUGCGGUUAACUCUGUUUUCGAGCUUCACAAGCUCUUGGGACGACCUGGUGCGAUUGAUAAGGUUCUUGAAGUGGUGAAUCAGAUUAAACCGGAGAUUUUCACUGUGGUUGAGCAGGAAUCGAACCACAAUAGUCCGGUUUUCUUAGACCGGUUUACUGAGUCGCUGCAUUAUUACUCGACGUUGUUUGACUCGUUGGAAGGUGUGCCGAGUGGUCAAGACAAGGUUAUGUCGGAGGUUUAUUUGGGUAAACAGAUCUGCAACGUUGUGGCUUGUGAUGGACCUGACAGAGUUGAGCGUCACGAAACGUUGAGUCAAUGGAGGAACCGGUUCGGUUCUGCUGGGUUUGCGGCGGCACAUAUUGGUUCGAAUGCGUUUAAGCAAGCGAGUAUGCUCUUGGCUCUGUUCAACGGCGGUGAGGGUUAUCGGGUGGAAGAGAGUGACGGCUGUCUCAUGUUGGGUUGGCACACUAGGCCGCUCAUAGCCACUUCGGCUUGGAAACUCUCCACCAAUUAGAUGGUGGCUCAAUGAAUUGAUCAGUUGACCGGUUAUGAUGAUAGAUGUUCCUACCGAACCAAAACUACAUCCUACUGUUUUCCUUUUGUCACUUGUUAAGAUCUUAUCUUUCAUUAUAUUAGGUUAAUUGAAAAUUUUCAAUCUCGCUUUCGAGAGUUUUUUUUGCAUGUGACAUUGGAGGGUAAAUUGGAUAGGCAGAAAUAGAAUUAUGUAGUUACCAAGUUUUUGUGUAAGUGGUUGAAAUAAAAUAAUCUUGAAUGU